AUGACUUCCCCAGUCUCUCUGGAGCCAUCUCGCAAACGACAGGAGGCUGACUAUCUCGACCCACCACGACCUCCAUUGAAAAGGCAGAAGCUCGAGCUGCCCUAUUCAGUAUAUUGGGAUAAUUUGUCUAAGAUUUGGUUAACGAGGGACGCUCUCGAAGAGUUGGAUCGACGAAAUAGUGCUUCUAGCCGCAUCUCAGGGCCACCUCACUCCCACCACCGGCCGUUUACUCGGCAGCUGCAAGCGAGACUCAAGCGUCGUUACCAGACACUUACCCCCGAUUCCCUAAUCGACCUUCAACCCGAGAGCCUGAGCGAGAUUAGAAGAUUCUCCAGACGAGGUGGACCUGACCUGUCCGAUCCAGGAAUGUCCCAGGCCCUCAUAUUCCUUUUUACCAAUCACCGGAAGCGCCGUGCCGGAUCUCCCUCAGACAGUAGCAACAAUAAGACCACAAAGACUACAAGCACCACCGCCUAUAACCGGAACUUUGAGCAGAAGCUGAUCGACAAUGGCGUUUACCCCAAGGGCUACGAACUGCGCCAACCGCGGAGCUCACUCUCACCAUCAAAAUUCUGUGAAAAGGACUUUCAGAAAUCUGAACAAGCAGACACAAAUACAUCUAAAGAGAAACCAGUAACAUCUUUUGUUGUCCCAACCAUUGAUGGUGAUAUUGAUGACCCCAAAUGUGUUGGAGGAGACUACCCUUUUGGAAACCUUGCUCCUCUGACUGAUGGAACACUGGCAAAUGCAAAACCAGACCACUUCUUUGGUGCUCACCCUGAGCAGCUCAAGCCUGAAAUCCGCGAUGAGCUUAAGGAGUUCAUUAUUCCAUCAACCCAGAGUUCUCUUCCAAUGGCUCCCAACUUCUUUCUAGAGGCAAAAGGCCCUGACGGGUCGCCUGCUGUGGCCACAAGGCAAGCUUGUUACGAUGGUGUGCUGGGGCUCGAGGAAUACAUAAACUUCAGUCAUACAAGCGGGAUGACUGGCCAACUCAAGUUCUACACAACACACCCCACUGUUCCCCGGGAAAGCGAUGGGCGUUCUGAAUAUAUUAUGACUCAACUAAAUGCUUGGAGUAUGGUUGGGAGUGCAGAUGGCUUUCGGCAGGGGGCGUCCGCGUAUCGGAAUGCACGGGAUUGGGCAAAAGAACAGAGGGAUGAGUUUAUUAAAUCUGCGAACGAGAGACACACGCAGGCUCUAUCCGAACUUCUCUCAUCUGAACGUGAGCCAACUUCUGAACCAACUGUGGUCUUGGAGGGCUCUGAUACAUCAGCUACAUCCGAUGAAGCCGAAUUUCACGAUGCUGAAUGGAGUUUUGCACAUCCAAACGACAGCGCUGAGGAUCGGGCUUCGAACAAACAUACAAGAGCCGAGCCAACCAGUAGUAAUAGCCGCAAGUCUCUCCAAAAUUAA